AUGGCAGCAGUUCUCCCGUCCAACCCCGACACACCGCAACCAGGCCUUACACCCGACUCGCCGUCAUCCCUGCCGCUUCCCAAUGUUUUUGUCAUUCCUCCGGAGGAAGAACAAGCACAUUCACCGCCAUACUGUUGCUUCGAUGCUGCAGCACCUAUUGAGGAAGAUUCGUAUGUAUUUACGGACAUGGACUGCCUGGAUGUCGCCAUGAAUCUAGUCCAUCAAAGCCCCGACUCGCCCACCUUCCACAGACCAUACGAGAGCGACUGGGACCACGAUAUGGUGAUGCCCCGACGUGCAGAUGGGCAGUCUCAUACGGCGCAGCAAUGGGAGAACGCCGUGAGGGAAGCAAGGCGGUAUUACGAGGCGGGCGAGGAUUCCGAGAUUAUAGAGGUGAUCAAGGUCAGGAAGAAUGAAGGCAUGGGCGACAUAUUUGAUGGAAGACUGGAAGAGGAAGUGUUGCGAAAGUCGCAAGGCAUGACGCUGAAGUCCAGGGCCUCGCAGGCUUUCAGGUCCAUCAAGAACAUUGGUAAGAGCAGCCGCAAGGUUCAUGCGAAGGAUGUCUUUGCCGGGAGCGAGGAAUACAGAGGAAGUUUGGAAUCUAAUGCCACCACGAUUCGCUCUGAGAACCACCCAGAGCGCGGUAAUGCUCCCCGAUCACAGACCCCUGAAGCUCGUCCCCGGAAAUUGUUGCGACGUAAAUCUCGGCCUCUGUCAAGCAUGUUCACGCUCGCUCAGGGUGCUCGUUCUGCUACCAACGUUGCCACAGCGCCUGCAGCGCAUGAACCUGCUUCUCUUGUCAUCUCUGACUCUGAAUCUCAACCGUCACCUAACUCUUCCACUGCCGGCUCUUCCGGCGCCUCUGGUUCGGGGACAUCAUCCUCAGUAGACGAGCUAGGUUCCUCCCCUCGUCUGGUUGCUCCAGAAGAACCAGCUCGCUCCGUCUCGCCUACACUGUCCAUCAAACGCUCCUUCAGCCGGCGCCUCUCCAUGCUCAACCUGAAUCGGAUAUUCACGCCGUCCUCCGUACCCUCAGACGAACCGUCCGCAGCCCGUCCUGUCCCGGCUCCAUAUCCCAUCCCCACGCCAAUAUCACCGGACUCACGCUCCAUCCAGUUCUCUCCGUGCCCCACCGAGAGCUCGUCAGAGGCGCUGGCUACGCCUACGGACGAGUUCCGGUCCCCAUCACUCCCCUCGUUGCCGGCGUCUAGUAGCUUGGAUCUGUCUUCACUAGGCAUCGUGACCCCCGAGAAUUCGGCGAGCAGUAUCCCGACCUCCAAUUCGACCACGUCGACAAUGACGCAUCCGUCGGCGAAGGGAUCGCCAAAUUCAGAGACAGCCGCAGAAGUUGGUGAACUGCAUCUGGAUUCAUUGCAUUUCGACUCCUUGCAUUUCGAUGCGGAGGAAUUCGACAUUUCUCUAUCUUGA